AUGUGGCGUCGGUGGAGCUGCGUGCUGCGGGCGGCGCCGGCCCCGCUGGAUCCCUCGCUGCUCUUCGGCGUCGGCCGGCCCCGCACGAAGGAGCAGGCGAUGAAGUACCAAGAGAUGAAGAACACCUCCAUCCAGGCCGCCUUUCCGCACCUUGCCGCCUGCUGGGUGGGCCCGUGCUGGGGCACCGUGAUGAUCACCCCGAACCACCUCUCGCCGGUGUGCACGAAGAUAGCCGUGUGGCGGUGCAGUGAGUGCCUGCAGGAGUUUGAGAUGAGUGUCGCAAAGUUUAUAGACCAGCACGGGGUGUGUCCACUCUGCAAGAAGCCGCAGCGAAAGCCCGAGGCGGCGGACGCGGAGCCGGAAGCAAAAGGCAGCCCCACGGCUGAGACGAAGAGCGGCGACGCAGGCUCGGAAUCGGCGGCGGCAACUUCCGCCUCGCCGAAUAAUGGCGUGGCGUACGCGAAGGCGCCACGCAUGAUUCAUACGAACUACAAGAGCGUAUUACACGAUAACCCCGAGUGGGAGGAGAUCAACAUUCAGCCCAUGCUCGCACAGAAGUGGGAGAGUGUGGCCGCCCAGCUCCUGAACCCGGGCCCAGGCGAGGAAAAGGAGCUACUGCUCGCCUCCCCCAAGAUUGACGGUAUUCGUUGCCUCAUCGGCUACAAUCAAAGGCGGAAGGAGCCGCAGUUCUUCUCCCGUGGUGGUAUCCUGCUAGAGUGCUGCCAUGGGCUGGUGCCGCAUGUUAUGCCACUCUUUGAGGCGGACCCCACACUCCUCUUGGACGGCGAGCUCUUUGCGCCGCUCUGCAACUUUGAGGAGCUCAAUGGCCUUGUGCGACGUCUGGCAAAGUUCACCUCCCCAGAGAUGCGGCAGCGGCAGGCGCAGUUGCUGGAGUACUUCUCCUUUGACAUUAUGCACUCAGCGCAGCUCUCGGCGCCAAACGCCCCUUUCAGUGAACGCUACCAGCUGCUGAAAAAGCUGAUCCCCAUCUGCGGGGCGAAGCGCAUCAGCGCCUACCAGCACGAUGAGCAGAAGCGCAAAAUUAUUCGCCGCAAGCAGCACCCCGACACCACCGCGGCGGAGGGGGCGGUGAAACUCUACCACGUCCCCGCGGCGCAGGUGGGCGCGGAGGAGAUGGAGGAGGUUUUGGAGGAGGCCUGCUCGCAGGGGUUUGAGGGGGUCAUGAUCCGCCGCCCAGGGUUCCCGUACGAGCACGGCAAGCGCAGCUUCGGCCUGCUGAAGUACAAAACGAUGCACGACGCGGAGUACCGCAUCGUGGACUUCCUGCCGGGGCAGGGCAAAUUUAAGGGCGGACUCGGUGCUUUCAUCUGUGAGACGAAGAGCGGCAUCCGCUUCAACGCCACGCCCAAGACGACGUACGAGAAUAGGCGGGCUCUGUGGAGCAAGCGAGAGCGACUGCUUGGCAAGUACCUCACGGUGCAGUACCAGGAGUUGUCGUCGCAGGAUGUGCCACGCUUCCCCAUCGCCAAGGCCGUGCGUGGGGCCUCGGAGGAGGAGUUUUUAUAA